UCUCUUCUCUUUCCAGAUAACAAGGUUCUCUCGAAAUCCAGUUUCCAGUUUUCCCACAAAAAAAGCUUAAAUCUACAUUAAGAAUUUAUUACUAGUACUAUUUAUUUUAGUUUAUUGAGUUUUUGCAUUAUGAAAUCACGCCUAUCCUCUUUAAUUUCUUUUUUAUUUAUUGGCAUAAAUUCUUGACGGCAAAACCUCAAAAAUAGACCGCGAAAAAGCAAUCGUGCGUCGCCGCUACCCUCUCUCUCUCUUCGCUCCACUUUCGAUGUGGAGAAAGUGGGAGAAGAGAAAAGCUUAAAAUGUGCAACAAAGGUUGAAUCUUGCUGCCAUGGAUUUUCAUUUUUCAACCCACCACCUCCAUUCCCAUAACUGAAGAAAGGAAUGAUAAAUUAAAUUUUUCCUCAAGGUUUUUCUUGAACCCUCCCCUAGGCAAUCUCAUCACCUUUCUUGUCUUCUUUUUCUACUAAUCCCCUCAUUCUGAUCUCCUAAUAAAUUGCACCUUUUAAAAGUGGAAUCUUUUCAUUGAAUUGCAGAAAAGUUUCAAGAAUGGGGGAUCAUUUUGUGAUGCUUGUGGAUCAGCUUAUCCCUGAAUCUAGCCUCGAAAGUAGAAUCCAUUUGCAGCAAGCCUCACCGGCUGCUCCUGUAUCAGUGAAAACUAGCUUUUCUUUCCAUAAGAUGGAUGCCAGAUCAGGUAUGUUGGGAGAGUGCAGGAUUUGUCACGAUGAAGACGAGGAGUCAAACAUGGAGGCGCCCUGCUUCUGUCGCGGGAGCUUGAAGUAUGCUCAUCGUAAGUGUGUGCAGCGAUGGUGCAACGAGAAAGGGGAUACCACCUGUGAGAUUUGCCAACAGGUUUUCAAGCCAGGUUAUACGGCACCACCCCCUCUCUUUACUUAUGGUGGGAUCCCGAUGAACUUUAGGGGAAAUUGGGAGAUAUCAAGAAGAGACCUACAAAAUCUUCAAUUCGUAUCAACGGACUCCACCAGUGACAACUUUUUGGAUUCAGACGGGGAUGAAUUCCCAGUCCCCACUCCAAGAAGCGUGCUUUGCUGCCGUAUAAUUGCCAUCAUUUUUGUUGUUCUUGUGGUGCUACGGCAUACCUUACCAUUCAUCGUCUAUGGUCCGGGUGAAUAUUCGAUUUCUGUGGCAAUGUGGUUGAUGUUGCGUACAAUCGGAGUUUUCUUGCCUAUCUACAUUAUGGUAAAAUCAUUAUCAACCAUACAACGCAGACGAAAUCGACAGAAUAAGGAAAACCCCAUGCACGUGUUGCUUGGAAAAAGCCCGUCCCAUCGCGAGCUCGACUUCAAAUAUGGUUUAUCCUUCAAGGAAGAUCGAUACAAAAGACAUGUUGGGGAGAAUUGGCAUCACUGGAGUUUAUGAUAAUCAAUGUACGUUUUGCUAGGAAGAGUCGAAAAUCGUUGAGCAUAUUAUUUUAUAUUACCAACUAUCCAUCCAACAUUCUCUGGUAUGUAUUAUUGUAGUGGAACAUAUUCAUUUGUCUACCCAAACAUCCAACACUCGUGGAUGGGAAGCUUGACCCAAAAUUUGGA